AUGUUAGCUCAACACGUGUUUGGAUUCUGCGAGUUCAUCACCGUUUACAUUUUCCUCGCCUCCAUCGUUGUCUUCACUCUUCGUAUCUUCCAAAGAUUCGCCACUGUCCUCAUCAACCGUCCAUGGAGUCGCCACAGAACAUUCACGUUCCGCAGCAGCCAGGGGAGGCUAGAGAUGGUGAACGAUCACUCCUCCUCUUCACCGUAUUGUGUUGUGUGCAUGCAAGAGGCAGAGGAAGGAGACAAGAUGAGGAGAUUGACGAUUUGUCUUCACUGUUUCCACGCAGAAUGUAUCGAUACAUGGUUUUGUGAGAUGUCGACGUGUCCGUUGUGUAGAGCUGAGAUUCCACCGUUACCGCCGGUGAAGCCUCUUCUCUUGUUGUUUGUUUCCGCCGGUGUACUCGAUUUUUUCAGCAACAAAUAGUUCUGAUGAAACCACAUGAUCAUC